AUGCAUAUUAUUGAUUUACAGCAAAAAAAAUCAGUAGUUGCUUUUGAUGAAAUAGUAUCUGAAGAAGAUAAUUUAGUACCUAUCAAGAAGACAGAUACAUCAACAUCAUCUAUUGAAUCCUCUGUGUCAUCAUCUGAUGAUCAAGUAACUAGUAGCAAUAGUACAAACUAUACUCUAACCAAACGAAUAGCUGCUAUUGGUAAAGCUGACUAUCGACAUCAAGAAAACCCUCAUCUUAUUAUUUUUGUUUCUACUACUGGCAUUAAUGUAUGCUUGUCUGGUUGUAAUAUUAAAUUAUUUUCUAAAGAUUUCAAUCAAAAUACAGAAGUUAAAAUACUCAAAGGUGAAAUAGUGACAUCAAAUAAUAGUGUUUGCCUCUGUUUACUUUCAAGUAAUGGUAAACUUAGUUUUUAUUCACUUCCAACACUAGAAACAAUGUUAGAAAUGAAUUUGCCUAGCAAUUGCCAAUUAAAUAGGUUACAAGAAGCUUCUAUUAGUUCAGAUGGUCGUAUUAUCUUUUGGACUGGAGCAUAUGAAUUGGAGCAAUACUCAUUUAUUCCUAAACCUGAUCUUAAGAUUGGAGAGUCAGUAUUUCUUUUCGAUCCACAAAGAGCUAUUCCACCACAUCCAUCGAAUUUAUUACAGAAACAACAACAACGUAAUAAAAAAUCAUGGCUGGAUACAAUAACGAAUUCUUUUCAAAAGGAACCUUUAACAUUAAACGAGUUAGAUUUAUUAAUGGGACGUGUUCCAGCAGAAGAUCCUAAUGAAAUUAGAAGACAAAAGGUAGAAGCUUAUAAAGCUACAAUAGAACAACAGCAACAAAAUGGAUCAUCUAUUGGAAGCAACAAAGGCUUGGGCAGUGUCUUUUCUCAACUUGGAGAAAAGAUGAAUGAGCGUGGAGAAAAGUUAGAUCAAUUAGACAAAAAAUUUCAAGACAUGAAUACUGCUUCAGGUGACUUUUUGAAAGCUAUAAAAGAUUAUAAUGAACGUCAGGCUCGUAAGAAAUGGUGGGAAUUUUAA